AUGAAUCCCGGCGAGAGCCGUGGCAUCCAUCCCGAAGGAGAGCUCUUCCUCGAUUCGCCUACUGUGCCUGAGCAGAGCACCGCAUCGGUGGUCGAACCGUUGCGCAUCAACAAGAGAGACUCAGCCUCACCACCGCUGUCCAAAACCAGCCCGCCGCCGAAUCCCUUGCCCUAUCCCGAUGAUCGCCCCCGCCCCCAGAUGCGAUCCUCAAGCUCGAGCGAUGGCCGUCCCAUCGAUAGUGGGCGGUAUGGAUCGCCGUCGCCAGCGGGUUCUGGUUCGGGCUCUGUGACCCCCGCGGACUAUCCUUCAGCUUUGCGGCCGCGUGAACCUCGAGUCUCCAGCUUGACCGAGCGACGAGGAACCGGGCCCAAACCUCUACCGGACUCGCCUGGUGCAGAUGCCCCAGACCCAGCAGCGCUCGCUGCGAGGCCGUACCCAGCGCCGCCCGCAAUCCCGGCUCCUCUAGCAGAUCGGCCAUCAGACGGAGGCCACCAGCGCCAGGGCUACACUCAACCAUUUUAUCCACCUCCCCAGAUUGCAGCCACCUCGAGCCUCAAACCUCCAUCAACAGGACUUAAUCGGCUCAGUUCCACCGCAUCCACCUCGACAACCCGCGCCGAGCGGGGAUCGCCCCCUCCUCCGGAAACCCCUGUGACUGGGCCGAACCCGCAGCCGACCUCAGAUAUCGAGGCUCGUUACGCCGCAGCGGGAAUUGCAGGCUCGGGGACACUCGCGGGAAUCCAUUCGCAAAGUGCGGCGGCGCAAAGGCGUGUCCAGCAGUAUUCGGGACAGCAACCGACGUAUCAGAAUCCGCCUCAGCGACCAUGGACCCCGACCGAACAGCCGGGGUCCCAACCCCAUGGUCCGCCGACAGUGUACCAAGGCGCGGAAGUGGUGAGCGACAACGAAUCCGUUACGUCUCAUCCGGGCCAGUAUAGCACCCCAUCACCCCAGGAUCAUUAUGCACAACCGAUUCCCCAGCAACCACAAUUGCAAUCGCACCAGUCGCCGCCGCCGUCUCAGCAAGAACAACAACAAUCGAGGAUUCCAGCCAAUGCACUCGAGCAGGAUAUGAAUCGGAUGCGUAUUAGUUCCUCCCCUCCUCCGGCCUAUUCCAGCGUCUCGAGCCCUACACCAUCCAACAACUAUCCUGUUGAGAAGCCGAGCAGUUCUGCCGCUGCUGCCGGAGCGGCCGCCGGGGCUGCUGCUGGAGCGAUGGCCGCACAUCCAGCCAUUGCCAACCAAGCUCAACCUCACCCAUCGGCCUCCCCAGCCCCAUCAGCUUCGACGCAGGAUCAUCCUGCUUUCGCAAAUGAUCCCCGGCAGCAAUCCGAUGCCGGACCAUAUCCGCAGAAUGCCAUGGCCAAUGGCCAAGCCAAUUAUCUGCAACAGCAACAACAGCAGCAGCAGCAGCCGCCACCGCAGCAACACCAGACAGCAGUCUCUUCAUCCGCACCCACCGGACCAUCUCCUGCAUCGCCUCCACCCCUGCCAGAAGGCUGGAUUGCCCAUUUAGACCCAAGUUCGGGUCAGUACUAUUAUAUCCAUCUUCCGACCCAAUCGACCCAAUGGGAGUUUCCAAAGGGUCCCACGCCCUUGAAUCUCCACGAGGCGCCUUUAUCUCCCGUGGGAAGUGUGUACACCAGUCACCCUUUGGCAUCUCCCGGGUUGUCGGCUUUUAGUAAGCCCUUGAUGUCCCCGGGAAUGCCGCACACGCCCGGUUUUGAGAGCCUGCAAUCUCCUAUGUCAGGUUUCUCAGGUCCACCCCCGAGCAGUGGGGUAGAUCUCUACAAGACCGCCCCGACAAAUGGCGUAUACUUUGGCCCUUAUCUACGCUACACUAACAUGGACCUUGAACGCGGCGUCUGGAUGGGCUCUAUUCUAUUGGUGACCGACGCGGCUCAACCGCCGACGAUCCACAUCCACCAGAGUGUUGACCUCUCCCCCAACCCGAGACAAUUGAAGGCAAACAAUAUUGCCGCUCACCAAAGGUGGACUUUCUACAAGUAUGAGAUCGAUAUCCAGAUGGAUGAGCAUGCUCCUGCGAAAUGGACCUAUGCGAUCACCUCGCAUCUUGGCUGUACCCGUUACGAGUUCCUUGUUGCGGGGCGAUAUGAGACGAAUUGGCGCUUCAUCGCUACAUCAGGAAACGAUUUCUCGCUCAAUGUCAAUGCCAAUGAACGUGCACGUCUUGGGGGCGUGGGUUUCAUGUGGAAGGACGUCAUGCAAAAGCAUAUUGAGAUCGGUGGUUUCCACACCCAGAUCUGUCUCGGUGGCCAGAUCUAUGCGGAUCGGAUGUGGAAAGAAAUUCCAUGUCUAAAGCAGUGGCUUGCGAUUAGUGGGAAAGAGGCGAGGAAAAACGCUCCCUGGACGGCUGCAAACCAGCAAGACGUUUCCCACGCUUACUUCCAUUACUACACCAGCCAUUUUGAUCAGCCGUAUCUGAGGGAGUCUUUUGCGCAGAUUCCCUACAUCUGUCAGAUUGAUGAUCAUGACAUUUUUGAUGGAUUCGGCUCCUAUCCCGAGCAUAUGCAGUUCUCCAACAUGUUCAAGAACAUCGGCCGGAUCGGUAUUGAGAUGUAUCUCCUCUUCCAACACCACACUACCCUCGAUAUUCUUCGUAAUGUUAACAACGACACCGACCUCUUUACUAUCACUGGCACUGGCUGGCACUUUGUCAAAUACCUGGGCCCUGGCGUGGUAGUUGUUGGCCCUGACUGUCGCUCCGAGCGGAACCCCCAUCAGGUGAUGGCCGGUCCGACAUACCAAGGUCUUUUCCCCAAGAUUGCAAUGUUGCCUCCUAGUGUGCAACACUGCUUGUGGAUGAUUUCUAUGCCGCUGAUUUAUCCCCGACUGGAGACCGCAGAGCACAUUGCUCAGACUGUUGCUACAGGCAAGAGGGCGGUGACCGGUGCCUAUAAUGUGCUAGGCAAGGUCACCAGCUCGGUGGCUGGUGUUGUCGGAGCCAAAGAUUUCGUGGGCUCUGGGUUUGAUUCGGUCAAGCGUGCAGUUGGCAAGUCUGGACUCAUGGGUGGUAUUCUCAGCCCAUUCGGCGAAUUCGACCUGAUGGAUGAGCUGCGUGAUCAAUGGACUCACGAGUCAAAGGACUUGGAACGAACCUACCUUAUUCGCACACUCCAGGGCAUUGCUCACCAGAAGUCACUUCGUAUGACUUUUCUCUCUGGCGCCGUCAACGCCUGCGGGGCUGGCCUCGUUCAUGAUCCUUCUCACCCGACCGACCACAAGACCAUGUACCAACUCAUUGCUUCCCCUGUUGUCAACACUCCGCCUCCGUCCUACGUCCUGAAGCUCCUACACAGUAAUAGUAAACCGCUGUACAUUCCUGCCAACGGCCAUCGCUCCUCAUCCCAGCCCACAGACACCAAGGAGGACAUGAUGGAGAUCUUCCAGACAGAUGUCACCGGACAGGCUCGGGAGCACCGCAAGCUGAUGGCCCGGAGGAACUACGUUGCUAUCGUGGCUUAUGACCCGGAGACCGUCCCCUCUACACCCUUCGGCCAGCAGCCUACACAGGGCUCUAAGGGGAAGCUGAGCUUGGCUGCUGAUUUCAUGGUUCAAGGCGAUGGCGCAUAUGCCAACGUCGUCAAGUAUGGCCCGGUUAUUGUGCCGAGCCUGGAACACGGGAAAUAA